UUGGAGUAACAUAACCAAAGUUUGCCAAAACGGUGAAGUGACGAAAGAUUUGUGUUGUUAUUUCGAAACUUCUAGAACAAUGCAAACCUUGAGAAUAAUAAAUGUUAACACAUUAACAAUGGGUACUACAGGAUUUUGUGAGACUUUUAUUCCAAAUUCUGUCUAUACACAGUGUAUACGUUGGAAAAGGAAACCAAUUUGGCUGCCUACAGCAAAAUCUAAAAUGUUUCGAGUACCAGAAAGACCUGUCAUACCUAUGGAAGAUUACUUGGAGUUGAAGCGUUUAUAUAAUAAUUAUAGGACAUACAUAACAUCAUUUAAAGCACAUUUAAGGCAAAUUGUAAAAGAAAAUGAGACACAAUUUAGUGAGACAGUUAACGAAUUGAGCGAAGAAGAGGACUUUGAAGCCUGUAAUGCUAUAAACAAUGAGUGGAAUGCAGAAAUAGCAAACAUACGAGAGAUCAGGCUGGCAAAGAUAAAGGAAAAAAAAAAAAAUGCUGCUAUGGAGUAUAUUUUAAGGCAAGAGCAGAAACAAGAGAAACAAAAGAUAGAACUCAACGAAUGGGUUAAAAAGGUUAAAAAAGAAUCUGUCACGUUCAUCACUGCGGAGAACAUUGAUGCUGCGAUCGAGGAGUGUUUGACAAAUGUCGUUAAUCAUAAUCGUGCGUUGGAUUUGGAAGGGAAUUGGCAUGAAGGAAAGUAUCCUCCAAUCUCACCGAUUCCACCUGUAGAGGAGGAACAGAAACCAGUGGCCAUUGAACGACAAAAUUAAAUUUGAAAAUUUCAUAUUUAGACUGCUUGAGAAAGUAAAGUCAAAAUUUACUGGAUCUAUACUUUUUUUUUUCAAGUAGUCUAGUCUUUCACUGAAAUACUGAUAAUCGUGAUAAAAA